ACUGCAGUAAAAUAAUUCAUUAUCAUGGAUGUUAGCUGCAUGGUUCUUAGUUGUGUGUUACUUAUACAAAUGGCAUUAAUUCUCAUUAUGUUGAACCCCGUCUAUGAUGUACGGAAGAUCACCAGAUUUAUAAACAAGACCAUUAAAUACCAUCAGUUCUGCUACAGCCUCGUCAUCAUUAGCUACUUCUUGUCUAUCAUCUAUCUUGGCAUGUUUAUACCACUUCACAGUAUACACAAACUUAUUUUUGGAUCUUACGUUGAAGACGUCGAAAAACUCAUCCUUUUAAGGAAAAUUGAGAAAAACUACAUAAUUACAGGCUUUUCACUUUUCCUGGUAGUGGUAAUAUAUGGUGUUAGAGCACUUGUAUCUUACACAGCGUGUAUGGUGGAGUUAACAAGGAGAUCUAAUGAUUCCCUGAACGUCAUAUCAGAUGGGAUGAAAAAUGGGGAAAAAAAGAAUAUAUGCUCUUCGCUUAAUAUUUUGCCAAAUCUACUGAGAGCAAAGAGGUCCAUAUCUUACGAGACCAUAUUAUUCACUAACGAACUAAGGAACCAUUUAAAAAAUAUACUCCGAAAUGAUUUUCCUCGCAAUCUAUCUGUCCAAAAAAAUGUUCAAGCUCGCGCAAUCUAGAGCGAUUCAAUAAAUCUUAAGCCCUUUUGAAUAGUAAAAAUCAGACAAUGGGCAAAUAUCACAGACAGUGUGACAUACUUGGGAAGUGGAUAAUUUUAAUUCCACACACGAACACUGUAGGAACUAAAGCCAUGUACGCAUCGUAAAACAUUGCCAAGUAUUUGAGAAAUCCGUGGAAUUGCAACGAGGGAGGAAAUAUUUGAAAAGACUACGCCGUGAAAAUAAAUACUGUUGGAAGGACAAGAAAAACGUCAAACGGGUAUGUGAAGUGCGAAUGGGCCAGAAGAAAAUGUUGCGUCGAAUCAAGUAAAACAUUUUUAAUGUUCCGAACCGGGAGAUGCUUGUAAGGACUAUGGAAUAAUUUAUUUUACACUUUGGGGGAGCUCAACUGACUACAAUGUAACUGGUACUAAAGAAUGAAGGAAAUGAAAGGGUUCUUGCAAGAGAAGUCUCUAAAA